UUUUGAUUCAACAUGGCGCCGCUGUUAGUUCCCCUGCAAUGUGGAUUUUACUUUCAGAGACGAAAACUUGCACUUUUAUUUCAACAGACAAGCUCAUAUCACAUAUUCAGACAUUAUGAUGAUAGGAGAAGCCGAACUCAUCACAGACAAAACAAGACAUUCCAGGUGUUUAACCCCGGUGUGAGGACCGCAUCAUGGACAAGCAGCAGAGGCGAUCAUUGCAGACAGAUACUGGAAUCUGCCAAAAGUACACGGUUAUGGCAGGUGUCGGGCACCCGAACAUGUUGGCACGGCAGUGCUGGAGGGCGUCUAAAUGCGGAUCCCAAGAAUGUGCUGAAAGAAGUGGAUUCCAGGAAAAUCCUGUCGGCGAUGCUGUCAUACGUGUGGCCCAAAGACCGGCCGGACCUGCGGGCCCGUGUCGCCAUCUCCCUGGGGCUGCUGGCUGGAGCAAAGAUGACGAAUGUCACGGUGCCUUUCAUGUUUAAGUAUGCGGUGGACGGCCUCAACCAGAUGUCCGGAAACGUGUUGAACCUCAGCGACGCGCCAAACACCGUUGCGACCAUGGCAACGGCCGUCCUGAUUGGCUACGGCGUGUCGAGGGCUGGCUCUGCUCUCUUCAAUGAGAUGAGGAACGCGGUCUUUGGGAAGGUGGCCCAGAGCUCCAUCAGGAGGAUCGCCAAGAACGUCUUCCUCCACCUGCACAACCUGGACCUGGGCUUCCACCUGAGCCGCCAGACAGGGGCGCUGUCCAAGGCCAUCGACAGAGGGACCCGGGGCAUCAGCUUCAUACUCAGCGCUCUGGUCUUCAACCUGGGGCCCACGAUGUUCGAGAUGGUCCUAGUCAGCGGGAUUCUGUAUUAUAAGUGCGGAGGCCAGUUUGCUGCAGUCGCUGUGGGGACCCUAUCAGCAUACGCAGUGUUCACUAUAGCAGUCACACAGUGGAGAACACGUUUCAGGAUAGAGAUGAACAAAGCGGACAACGACGCAGGAAACGCAGCGAUAGACUCCCUGCUCAAUUACGAGACGGUGAAGUAUUUCAACAACGAGAAGUACGAGGCAGAGAGGUACGAUGGGUACCUUAAGAUCUACGAGUCGUCCUCCCUGAAGACCACCUCAACGUUGGCCUUGCUGAACUUCGGUCAGAGCGCCAUCUUCAGCAUAGGCCUGACCUCCAUCAUGGUGCUGGCCAGCCAGGGCAUCAUGGCUGGCACAAUGACGGUGGGGGACCUGGUGAUGGUGAAUGGGCUCCUUUUCCAGCUCUCCCUCCCUCUCAACUUCCUGGGCACCGUGUACAGAGAGACCAGGCAGGCCCUCAUUGACAUGAAUACCCUCUUCACCCUGCUCAGCGUUGACACCAAGAUCAAGGAGAAAGAGUUGGCCCGGCCCCUCUUGGUCGCGCCACAGGAAGCCACCAUCAGGUUUGAGGAUGUGUACUUUGAGUACCUGGAGGGACAGAAGGUUCUCAACGGGCUGUCCUUCGAGGUGCCUGCCGGCAAGAAGGUGGCCAUUGUCGGUGGCAGUGGAUCCGGCAAGAGCACCAUUGUGAGGUUGUUGUACCGCUUUUACGAGCCACAGAAGGGGAACAUCUACAUCGCUGGCCAGAACAUUCGGGACGUAGGCCUGGACAGCUUAAGGAGAGCAGUGGGUGUCGUACCGCAGGAUGCGGUGCUGUUCCACAACACCAUCUUCUACAACCUGCAGUACGGGAACAUCCAGGCCACGCCCGAGCAGGUGCACAACACGGCCCGGCUGGCGGGCAUUCACGAUGCCAUUCUCAGAAUGCCUCAUGGGUACGAGACCCAGGUGGGAGAGAGGGGCCUCAAGUUGUCAGGGGGAGAGAAGCAGCGCGUAGCCAUCGCCCGGGCCAUCCUGAAGAACCCUUCCAUCCUGCUGUACGAUGAGGCCACAUCCUCCCUGGACUCCAUUACGGAGGAGCAUAUUCUUACCGCCAUGAAAGAGAUGGUGAAAGACAGGACAUCAAUCUUCAUUGCCCACAGACUGUCCACUGUUGUGGAUGCCGAUGAGAUUAUUGUGUUGAAUGAGGGGAAGGUAGCGGAGCGAGGCAGCCACAGCGACCUCCUGGCCCUGCCCAGCAGCCUCUACGCGGACCUCUGGAACACGCAGAACAGCAAGAUCCUCAACCGCAAGUCCCCGGCGGAGGCGGGCCCGGAGCGGCUCUCCCAGAAGGAGGAGGAGCGGAAGAAGCUCCAGGAGGAGAUCCUGAACAGCGUGAAGGGCUGCGGGAACUGCUCCUGCUGAGCCCUGCCGCCGGGCCGCGGGUGGACCGGACCUCCGUGCUGACCUCACCGACCUGCUCCUCAGACCCGCUGGGCUCCUCCUGUGCUAACAUGGUCCCGCCCCUCAUUCCAGCUGGACCACCCCACGUCUCACACUCUCACCACUUCUACUAACGACCCGCCCAUUUCCUCCCCUCCUCUCGGCUACGCCCCCUUAGGAGGGGCAAUCGCCCGUCAUAAAGGUCGAGGCUGAAGUGUUUUGUAGCUGUUGAAUGAUCUCCAUGUUGGGGUAAAGCGGGUAAAUGGGGAUUAUUCUGUGCAUGGUUUGGCAGAAUCAAGCUGAAACCUUGCGAGUGCACUGUCUCCUGGUGUGAGGGGAGAGGCUGGUUUUAUUUGUUCAAAAAUAAUGAAGGGUUUUAGUUUUCCAUUUACCCCCAUGUCCCCUACAGUCUACAGAACAAUGUUUCUGGUGGUGAGGGGUGGGAAUAAAAUAACAUGCCUUCAUAUAGACAUUUCGAAAGUUGAUUCAACUUAUUUUUAAAUUAUAUUUUUUCCAUGUAAUUUGGAAAUCUUUACAGUAGGUGGCUGUUUUUAUUAUGGAUGUGUACAUAGCAAUGUAAUAAGACUAUUUGGUUCUUGAUGAAAAUGUUCAAGCAUUGUGUCUAAUUAUAAUUGUUUGUGCAAAUUUGCAUUUGAUAAGACAAUUAAUUAUGUCUGACUUUUAUUAAGAAGGUCGCACGGUCUGUUUCUCCAAAGAAUUCCAAACACUUUACCUUGCUGUGCUUUUUGUAUAGUCUAGUUUUUAAAAUGAUAAAAUGCUUCAUAAAGGAUGAAUUCCCUAUGGAUCAUUCUGUAUCAGGAAGCUCCAGGACAAAUGACAAGUGCCAAGAAGGGGGGGGGGGUUGUUUUGUAAGUGGAGUUGCAGUAUAGAUUUUCUUGAUGUUCUAAACCUUUAAAAAAUAAACAUAACUACGUUUGUAAUAAAAUAGUUAAGCGAUGAAACGUACUGGGACAACACAGCCAGAAUACAAGCCGUUCCCUCGUCCAUUGCCUUUAGAAAUGUAGGAACAAUUUGACGGCAGAGUGAUUGUACUUUGAAAAAACAAGAAGGAAAAGAAAGCUGGACAUACCAAAAAGACAGCAGUAAGGUACAGAGUAUUGUAGUUCUGAAGGGUAGUACUAUGUGACCCGUUUUUUUGCAGUGAGAUAUGUACUCAGGCCUCUGGUGAAGAUCUAUUGAUUCUUGUUCUUACAGAUUGCACAUUAAGUCCACCUGUCUGAAAGCAGCCCUACGCAUGCACUGAGCACAUGUUUGUUCUCCAUAACACCUUUGUCAAGAAAUUGUGCUGCCAGAAACCUUAGUUACAAGUGAGCUGAUUAUUGUCAGCUGAUUGUAGUGUGGGGCUGCCCUGCGACAGGAUUAUGAUGUAUGCAUCUACACUCAGUGAGCACUUUAUUAGGUAUUUAUUUGGCUUAUUGGUCUUCUACUGCUGUAGCCUAUCCACUUAGAGGUUUGUCACGUUGUGUGUUCAGAGAUGCUCUUCUGCAUACCACUGUUGUAAUGCGUGGUUAUUUGCAUUACUGUCACCUUCCUGUCUUCGACUAGUCCGGCCAUUCUCCUCUGACCUCUCAUUACCAACGUGUUUCUGUCCGCAGAACUGCUGCUCACUGGAUGCUUUUCGCAGCAUUCUCUGCAAACUCUAGAGACUGUUGUGCAAAUCCCAGAAGAUCAACUGGUUCUUUGAUCCUCAAACCACCCUGUCUGGUACCAACAAUCAUUCCAUGGUCAUUCUGACAUUCUGGUCUCAAAAACAGCUGAACUUCUUGACCACGUCGGCACGCUUUUAUGCAUUUAGUUGCUGCCGCAAAAUUGGCGGAUUAAAUAUUUACAUUAACAAGCUGGUGUACAUGUUUACCUAAUAAAGUGAUCACUGAGUGUAUAAUCACACUGGGGCAAGAAUGGCGGUGUUUCUGCCAAAGGAAGAAAAGCUGUUGAACGUGUUGGUCUCAGACUCACCUCAUCCUAACUGCAGUAUGUGAAUGCCUUUUGUCAUCGGGCAUUGUGCGUUUGGAGAGGGCUGGAAUGCCUGUCCUCUCUCAGGCUGUCAUGCUGUGUCUGGCAGGGGGGAUUAAAGUAUGUUGGACUCUCA